AAGGAUUUGCUUUUUUCUAGUUGAGCAUUAUGCUUCGUAAUGUCUGUAGACAGUUUCCAAUAACGCCGUUAAUAAACAAGAGGAUUCCAGUCCGCACUCUAAGGGUAUCAGAAAUCCGUUUUAAUGACAAGAGCGAGCAAAGCAGCAAAGACAGUUUUGACAAGAGUCUAUUAAAGUACUUGGUGUGUCCUCUUUCAAAGAAGUCAUUGCGAUAUGAAGAACAAACCAAUGAACUUAUAAAUGAUGAGCUGGGAAUAGCCUAUCCUGUUGUUGAUGGCAUACCGAAUCUGAUCCCUCAAGAUGCCAGAAAGAUUCACAGAAAUGAGAUGCACAAGAAUGACAGCAAGUUAGAGUAA